UGAAUAGUGCGAGUAAUAACUAGGUUUUGAGGCGCAUUCGUAUGUGUUGUGUAUUAAAGAGUAGCUGUACAUAACGGAAAGAAACAAUUCACAGCAUUUGUACAGAGGGUAAUGAAGACUUGAGGGCCAUUAUAAUUUGUCCCAAUUGGAUGAACAAUUGAUUUCAAAAUAUUUCGAAGAGUUAAUCAGUGAAAAUGGAGUCGGGAUUCCCUGGGCAGCACACGACCACAACAACUGUCACCAAUAGCCACACGACACAUGAGAGAAAUAUUCGAAUGGAUAUUUCUUAUAUCAAGACUAUUCCAGGAAUGCUGAAAUGCGGUCAAGUGGUACUAAAUUUCCUCGGAUUUCUCUGCAUCAUAGUGACAAGAUACAGCAACGAGAGCCGUGGGAAUUGGUUCAACACAGUUGCAAUGGGCGGAUUUUGGUUCACCGGAAUUCUCCUUGUGAUGUAUAUUUUUCAUGUCGUUGAAAAAUUCUACAAAAUACCCUGGAUCAAGAUAGAAUUGAUCUUCUGUGGAAUCUGGACUGUAUUUUAUCUUUUGGCUGCUGCCCUAGCAGCUGAUCAUGGUAGAGUCAGUGAAGGAUAUGGAGCAGCUGCGUUCUUUGGCUUCUGUGCGAUGAUUGCUUACGGAUUCGACACAGUUUUGAAGUUCAGGGCGUACAAAACAGGUGCCCCUGCCCAGGGACAGCACGAAACGACAAAACAAACCUCCACAGUCACAUCUCCCGCAUAUUGAGCCACUGAAAAAUAAUCAACACACCGAUUGCGUUUAAUUUUCGAUUGUUUAUCUCUAGACGCGAUUGAUUACACAAUUAUCUCGUUACAUUACGCCAGAUAUUUAUUGAGAGAACUCGCCAUUGCCUAUAUCUCGCAUUUUUUUUUACAAAUGAUAAUCUAUUGAGACGUGAUUGCCUCAUUGAGAUUGUAUAUAUCGUUUUAAAUGAGUGCUGCGAAUUUCUCUAACUCGCUAUUUGAAAUAAGUAAUAUACAAAAAAAUAUUACUUGAUAUUUAAUCCUAUUUUAGAAUUACUCUAAUUCACCAACUAAAACGAUCCAACGAAUUCCACCAUAAGCCACUUAUUUAUCAGCAGCGAAGUGUAAAAGUGAGACAAUUAAAAUUUUCAAUUUUUUCACCUGCAAUGAAUAAUUAUCGAGAUUAAUCGAUAAUUAUAAAUAAUUAAAUAAUUCACUGUCUCACUUAAAUCUUCGUCACUGCUAUGUAAAUAUCAAUGCUUAAUAAAUAAAAUAAUAAUAAUAAUCGAAGGGAGGAAUAAAUCGAGAAAGAUUA